CAAUUGGAUCGUGAUGUGCAGUGUGGUGCAUGUGAAGCCGCUAAAUAAUUUGCUAAAUUCAAGUGUAAAAAAGGUUUGAAAUCGUGCAUUGAACUACGUUUUCGAUAGACAAAGACUUCCGGGUUCUCGCCAACCGUCGCCGGGUAAUUCGCUGCCGAAACCGUCGCCGCCGUCGUCGUAGUCGUCGCUACGCCCACUGCCCCGUCCGCAGUUGUCGUUUUAUAACGUGGUCCGGUUUUGAGGAAAAUUUUAUUGCGACACGGAGUACACGGGAUAUACUCGCCAGCUCGCGUAAAGGUAUUCACUCACUGUCGUUUUCCAGUGUCCCCACCGUAGUAGGGACCGACAAGACACACGCGAUCCAUUCGACCUCCCUCGCGCCCUAACCGUCGACCUUUGGGUGGCCUGCGAGCCCCAAGAUCCGUUCGUGACUCCCCGGUACAAGAAACACCGUCAAAAUAGAUCAAUCAAGCGAUAGCGGCCGCGAACUGCCGGCCGGAACGUUCAAGCUGUUCAUCGGCAAUGUAGACGAGAAGACGCAGCCGUCCGAGCUGCGACCACUGUUCGAAAAGUACGGCACGGUGGUCGAGUGCGACGUGGUCAAGAAUUUUGGCUUCGUGCACAUGGAAAAUGAAGAUCACGGCCGGGAAGCGAUCCAGCACCUGAACGGGUACGUGAUCAACGGGCAACCGAUCAAGGUGGAGGCGGCCAGGAGCCGCCGGGCACCGAACGCCAACACGACGAAGAUCUUCGUCGGCAACCUGACGGACAAGACGCGCGCCCCGCAAGUUCGCGAGCUGUUUCAGAAGUUCGGUACCGUCAUCGAGUGCGAUAUCGUGCGCAACUACGGCUUCGUCCACCUGGACCCGACCGGGGACGUGAACGACGCGAUCCGGGAACUGAACGGCAUGAUGGUGGACGGCCAGCCGAUGAAGGUGCAGGUGUCCACCAGCCGCGUGCGCCCGAAGCCCGGCAUGGGCGAUCCGGAGCAGUGCUAUCGGUGCGGUCGGGCCGGCCACUGGUCGAAGGAGUGCCCGCGACUGAUCUGGGCCGAACGGGGCUUCCGCGAACGCAGCAUGUACGCCCGGGAUCCGUAUCCGCCGCCGCCACCGCCACCCUUCCUUCGCGAUCGUAUUAUGGACGGAUUUAGGGAUACCUUCGACUACUAUGAUCGGUAUGAGGAUCCGCGUGAUCUGUUCGAGCGUCGUUACGCCAUCCGUGGACGUGACUUUCCCCCCAUGAGACGCGAACCGAUGCCACCGAUUCCACCGCUGAUGCGACGCAGUGUGGCCGAAAGCAGUCGCAGUAGCAGCAGCUACGAAACGAUGUUUAGCCGACGAACGCCACCACCCAGUAGCCGCAACGGUAGCAGCAGCAUCAGCCGGUUCGGUGUGUACGAGGACUUUAGCCGCGACUCGUUCGAUGACCGACGUGGACUGCGCGGUCCCUCACCGACCCAUCGCUACGCACCCUACUGAGACGGGCUGAACUAGGGAGGGGGCGUCUAUCUGGGAGAAAGAAUCAAUGGAAAUCACCGAAAAGACUAAAUCCGGGCCGCCGCUACCGGCCGAUCGAUCAAAUCAAACUCCCAGUUGUACAGCAAAACUUCCGAUAGUAAGACGUAACCUUCCCGAGGCAAGGGUGCUGAGAUCACGGAACUGAACUGGAUUGCUAGACACCGGAAGAAUUGAUUCACUAGGGCCCUGAAUUAUCGCAGGUGCAUGGCAGGCAUUUGAUUUGACAGUGUUUAGACAAAACAAAGGAGGCACAACAACAACCAUCACCUUAUUUACUCUCAUAAGCACACGAGGUUGUUACGGUCGAUACUGGCAGUAUAGGAGAAGGACGGACGGAGAAACGGUAUCCUGCAAGGCAUACUAGAUCUAUCGAUACCUGCUCCAAUCUUGCAUUAGGCUUGCGUGUGCAUGUUGAAGGAUAUGCUCAAGAAGGAGGAUCAAUACUGAUGACGUACUCUGUAAGAUAGCUUGCAUCUCUAUUUCAAGCACGGAUGUCGUGCCGGUUCAAUGUGUUUUCGGGGUUUUAAGUUAGAAAGUGUACACAUACUAAGUAAUGUAAACCCGUCAUAACGUAAAUGUCUUAAGUUCGUAUCGUACAUAUUCAACGAUAUCAUUAAGCUACCGAUAGUUUUAACUGUUCAUGCGUCAGUAAUUUUUAUUGCCCUUUACUUCUCUGUAUUUCCUCUUGUAAGGAAUUGAGACGAACUGAAACUUUAUUUUAUCCCAGAAAAAGAGUUAAUUUUCGAAGUUUUUUUAUUAUUUUGUCUUUCAAUAACACGAAAAUGAAUUAAUCGAUGAAUAGAAAAAGGACGAUAAAAAGAAAUGUUUGUCGCUCGUAAAAGGGCUUAAAUGAGAACUGGAAAAUAGUUGAUAUAAUUGAUAAACUUAACUCAUAAAUAAAAGAGUAUUUUAAAAG